CCCCUGUCUAGCGCGCCCGUCUCGUCCAUCUCCACUCCCUCGCUCCCUCCCUCCAUCAAUCCAUCCCGUCGCCGUCUCCUAAACCUAAACACCUUGCCCGACCUCGACGCUCGUCACUUUCACCUUCCUCCCGCCCUUCGUUCUCCCCCGCGCCCGUUUCCCAUCCAUCCCUCUUCACCACCAGUCACUCGUUUGUGGAGCUUGCCCCAACGUCUUCACACGCUUACACGCCCAUUCAUCCCCUGUUACGUGCCGUGUCAACAAGACGGACGCCUGCUUGUAGCCCCCGACUUUUUUCCACGCCGCCACCACCACACCACCACCCGGUUUUGCACCACCUGCUACACGCCUGCAUCCCGCCAACCUUACCCUCGUUUCAUCCGAACUUUGUUGCCUCACCCGUCUCCAUACCUAGUUAUUUAUCUACAGUUUAAUCACACCACUCCCCAUCAUGAGGCCGGCACAGCUCCUCGCCGCCGUCAUGGCCAUGUCAUCCGUGUCAGCGGCAUUGCCCGACGUCUUCUCUGAUUUCAAGUCCCCCAGCCAAGUCAGAGAUAUACUGGUUGGACGUCAAGAUAAUCAACCCGAUUCCUCCGCAACAACCACCGAACCACCCAAAAGCUCAGAUGCUCCCAAACCAUCCGACAGCCCAAGCCAAACCAACUCCGAGUCAUCAAAAGAGACUGGCAGCGGCGAUAGCAAGCCUAGCGGUGACAGCAAGUCUAGCGGUGACAACAAGUCCAGCGGCGACAGCAAACCUACCGACAAGAACAACAGCAAAAGCGGUUCAAAGACCUCAGGCAAGCCUACGCCCACCAACUUUGGCCCUGAUGUGCAACCCGGAGGUGUCAACAUGAUCACCCCCUCUGCCCUUGCUGGUACACAGCUCUACAAGAUUGACGACUAUGUCACUUUUGUUUUCAACUACACAUCUCUGUCAAGCACUCCCAAGAACGUCGAUGUCAUGGCCACUUGCACUGCCAACCAAGCCACUUACACCAUCGCUGUCAACCAAACAACAGAGCCUACCCACACCAUCGUCUGGGAUACCAAGAACUAUGCUGCCGAUCACCCCAACAGCCAGCCUCUUUUGACCGAAAACUUCCAGCUCAUGAUCUACGAUUCCAACAAGAGUGUUACCGAUGUUCCUCAGCCUGGUCUCCUGUCUCCGUUCAAGGGCUUGAACUUCGCCAUGUACGAGAAGCAGCCCUACGUGAACUGGACCGACUACAAGUGCGCAAACUGCAACGGAGCCAUGGGUGCAAUGGAGGCUCUCACCGUCAAGGCAAUGCUCAUCACUUCGACAACCACCGUCGCUUCGUUCCUCUACUUCGCCGCCGCUUUUGGCUUGUGGUAG